AUGAGAGAUUUCACCUCGGAGAGUGGCCCGCUCAGCUCCGACGCUGACGACUUCGGCACGGCCAGCCAGCCGGCGAUCCCUUUGACAUGGCCAGUCUUGCCAGGACCAGCGGUUUCGAGGGCGGUGGCCAGUCUAUGGGGUUUUGGAUACUCAGAGUCGCUCCCUCCGAUCGAGGUGCAGGAAGAGCUCAAUCACGCUUUCUUGAACGUUCAGUACCAAUUUAUUCUCGUCAUCCAUGCGGGUCGCUACUAUCAGCCGUUCUACCGCGGGCCGCUGCAAAAGCCGCCCAUGUGCUUGCAGUAUGCCAUCUGGGCCAUGACGGCCACCGGACCCUCCAAGUAUAACCGGUAUUCUCAAGUCUUUUAUCAAAGGACCCGGCAGUACGCUGAGGCCGACGAGAUGAUGGGCCACGGAGAAUACUUCAUCACCGUUGCCCACGCCCAAGCCAGGGCCAUCAUCACUUCUUAG